AUGUUAUUGUCAACCCAGCGGUGUUAGCCGGCCGGGAGUUUUUCUAAGUGCAGAUGUUCAGGGCCGACCAUCCAUUUUAGUGCGAGAGGCGCUAGCUAGCUAGCCGUGCUAAUUUGACUUGGCUUCUAUGGGACGCUGGUUAGCAUUAGCUAGCACCGUUAGCUUCUUUUUGAAACGAGCUGUCAUGGCGCCUACAAAUUAAGCUCAUGGGCGAAACAAAAGCAGAACAGCUUAAACGGGCGGCAGCAGAAACGACCGACAACGCCACACUUCAUUUAGCGUUGGCUUCAAUCUGUUAGCUCAUUUGGCUUUUUUGGGGAUGGCGGCUUUGUCUAUUUGCUGGAGUCCGGUGUAACGGCUGACUGUAGUGAUGACAGAGAUGCGGCUGUGCUCUUUGGGAAAUUGCUCGUCCGCCUGUCCGUUGCAGGGCUCCAUGAGAUUCCCACAUCGUGGCUUCCGCUUCAGAUUAUAGUCGGAGCCCCUCUCUUGUACUACACGGUGUAGCCGCUAGCUACGGUUGACAUCCUACCGGCUACACGUUAACGCUAAUAGUUAACAUCAGGACGGAACGGCUGCUGCAAACGUCUGCUUUAGCACUAAUUAGACGUUCAACGGUGCUGCCUUUACAUUGCAACUAAGCUAACCACCCUGUCCCGUUAAACACAAUAGACACGCUAGCUUGCAGCUGAAGUGGGAUACAUUAAAUUCCAGCAAUUAUUCGCACUCCAGUUGCGCUGCUCCGGCUUGUCAGCUGCUUCCAUUUCCGCGGCUUUUCUAGCCGGUAAUGCGGUGGUUACGCGGCACAGCUAGCCACCCACUCAUUGGGCAUUCUGCAUGCGGUGGAGCCUGCAGGCUGCUCCUCCAUACCACCGAGCCACAUUCUGCAACUAGCAGCUAGCUGCUCCCUUCUCCUGGGAAAGCCAAGUUAAAAUUGUCGCGGUAAGAGGUUUUCCGGCCGCCCUGUGGUUUUUUUGCUCAUAUGCAUGGAUGCAAUCUAGUAUAGGCUUGACAUGACCUCGUUCACAUUAGUUGUGAUCAGUGUGUGUGGAUCUGGAUUUCAUUGAGGGGUUAAUUUUCUCUUGCUAGACUGUGGCAUUGUUGCUUCAGACUUGUGGUCAAUCGAGUCGCUCCACUUUCUUAUAAAAACAGCCAAAAGCAGGCGGCUGGAACAUUCCGUGACAGGUGCAGUAUUCUGUGUCGCCUCCGAGCUCCCUGUUCAUGCUCCGCUGAAGCAACUCAGUGAGCCUGGAGGGGGUUUAGAUGGGAUGGACAGCAAAGGUAGCUCCCUGCCUUCGAUGCCUGAACCAGCCAACCCGAUCAGCAUGAAGCAGCCACCGGAGUCCUUGAGUGUACGGAAAGGACGGGGGGACAUGGGCAGUGACCCAGCUCUGCUAAUGGACAAACCUACCGUACAGCUGGCUGCCACACUACAAGACGGCGGCGUUAGGCAGAAGAUGGCUGGCCACAGUCACAACAACCACAGCCACAGCCACGAGAGGCUCAAAGACCUCACCUCCCGUGUGCUGAACGGCGACCAAGACCCGCUGCCCACGCUCUGUGCCCCGGAGCCCCCGAUGCUGAAGGGCGCCGAAGCCCCCGCCACUAAUGGCACCCAUCAGCUCGAUUGCAUUCCUCAUUCUGAACCCGAACUGAAGGUGACAAUACCCCAGGGGGUCAACCAGCCACUGUUUGAGCCGUGCUGUGUCAACGGGACCAGUUUGGACACAGCCGCUGACGGUACUAUGUCUGGAUCGGACGAGAGAAAGGACGCCAAGGCGAGGAAAGGGAGACCUCUCAAACCCAACCUUCAGACUAAUUUCAGCUCAUCUGUAAUCCCUGUGGAGCCACUUGAUCACACAAAUGCUGUAGAGGAAGCUGGAGCAGCUGCUGAGCCUGAGCCCGAGCCUGAACCCAAAGUGGUGGUGCCAGAAGUGACGGAGAAGAAAGCAGAAGGUUCUACCGCCUGGCCGGUCCGCUUCUCUGUUGGAGAUCUGGUUUGGACGAAGGUGUCGGGAUACCCCUGGUGGCCCUGCAUGGUGACCACAGACCCAGAAAUCAACUAUCAUGUCAAACAGAAACCCAAAAUCAACAGCAGGACGGGUCUCUUUUACCACGUGCAGUAUUUUGGAGACGCCCCAGAGAGAAGCUACAUCUUCGAGAAGAACUUGGUGACCUUCACUGGGGAGGAUCAAUACCAGGAGCUCAGCCAGAGGAGCAAACAGACAGCCUCAAGGGUGCUCCACAAAAAGACGACUCCCUCUAUCCCCCGUAAGCUCCGCGCCCAGUGGAACAUGGGCAUCAUUCAGGCCAAGGAGGCCCUCAGCAUGUCGCUGGACACUCGCAUGGCCAACUUUGGAUUUGUGUACGACGAAAACGGGCCUCACCUGAACCCUCUCAUCCUGGAGAAGCUGAAGCCGGUGCACAGCGACGAGAUGAACCUGGACGGAGAGAGUCGGCUCAGCCCCGAUCUCCCCUUCCUGCUGGCGAGUUCCACCGGCGAACCCACGGCGGCCUCCCAGCCCCAAGACGGCACUUCAACGGGGAAAAAGACAAAAGCACCCGGAAAAAAACGCAAAGCUGGAGAGUGGAGGAAAAGGGGAGCGGGCGAUCUAAACAUAUUCCUGUCAAAUACGAAGCUGAAGGCUGCAACUUCUUCCAAAGCGAUGCUUCAACCACAUCUGUCUUCACAGAAUCCCUCAGCUUCCGAAUCGGGCGUACCCCAGAAGAAAAAGAGGAGACCCAGACAGCCCCAGUCUCCCACCAAGACGGUGAGGAGAAAGAAAGCAUCUGCGACGGGCAACGCCUCCGACCCCGUGAGGAAAAGGCAAAAAGCAAAGCCGGUUUCUUCGACGGAGGACGUUUCGGAAGCCUUCUCGCUUCCACUUUCAGUUCCAGUGAAAAGGGAGCGAAAGAAGAAAAGGCCGCUAGCAGAUGCAUCGGACAAAGAGCAGCAGCCGAAGAAGAGACGCAGAACCAGCAAAGAUGCUGAGAAACAGGCUUUGACUUCAGAUGGAACGGAGAAAAAAAGGAGAAGAAGAAAGAAAACGGACGUAAAAGAUGCGAAAGAACCCACGAAAUGGGUGAAAAAGCCUAAAUCUCUCCUCACCGACGAAGAAGAUGCAGCGAAACCAAAGCGUAGGAGGAAAAGGAAACAGGACGGGGAGACUCAGGCGACGCCAUCCAAGGCGAAGAAGAGGCGGUCCUCUCCGUAUCCUGAUCCUGAGGGUUCUGGGAGUGAAGGACGUCCUGAUUCACCGAGCGACAGUUUAGACGGGACGAAGAAGGGAGAACGGAAGAAAGAGUUCGUCUGUCAAGUGUGUGAACAGGCUGGUGAGGACCUGGUGCCCUGUGAAGGGCAAUGUUGUGGGAUGUUUCACCUCCACUGUCUGGGUUCGUCCUUCAAACCUGACGACAAGCUACUGUGCCAGGCGUGCAGCACAGGAGUUCACUCGUGUUUCAACUGCAAGCAGUCGGACGGUAAAGUCCGCCGCUGCCACGUCCCGCACUGCGGCAGGUUUUACCACGAGGCCUGCGUCCGUCUGAACCCCGUCACCGUCUUCGACAACAGAGGCUUCCGCUGCCCGCUUCACGCCUGCCUGAGCUGCCAUUACGGCUGCCGCACCAAGCAAAGGUCGACCAAGGGGAGGUUGAUGCGUUGCCUGCGCUGCCCGGUGGCGUAUCACAUCGGCGACCAGUGCGUGGCUGCGGGGAGCGAGAUGAUCACCAACACCGCCAUCAUCUGCACCAACCACUUCAACGCCAAGAAGGGCUACAGCCACCACAGUCACGUCAACGUCAGCUGGUGCUUCGUCUGCUCCAAAGGAGGACAGCUGCUGUGCUGCGAGUCCUGUCCUGCAGCUUUUCACCCCGACUGCCUGAACAUCGCGAUGCCCGACGGGAGCUGGUUCUGCAACGACUGCCGGGCCGGGAAGAAGCCCAAGUACAGGGACAUCAUCUGGGUCAAACUGGGAACAUACAGAUGGUGGCCGGCAGAAAUCCACCACCCGAGGAGCAUCCCCACCAACAUCCAGCACCUUAAGCACGAGAUUGGAGAGUUCCCGGUCUUCUUCUUCGGCUCCAAGGAUUAUUUCUGGACUCACCAGGGCCGAGUGUUUCCCUACAUGGAGGGCGACCGGGGCAGCAAACACCAGAGGACCGGCAUCGGCAAAGUCUUCAAAAACGCUCUGCUGGAGGCUGAAGCUCGAUUCAAGGAGAUGAAGUUGAAACGAGAGGCCAAGGAAGCACAAGAGAACAGCCGAAAGCCGCCCCCGUAUAAGUUCAUCAAGGUCAACAAACCCUUCGGCAAGGUUCAGGUCUACACCGCGGACAUUUCUGAGAUCCCCAAGUGCAACUGCAAGCCGACGGACGAGCGGCCGUGCGGGUUCGAGUCCGAGUGUCUGAACCGAAUGCUGCAGUACGAGUGCCACCCUCAGGUGUGUCCGAGUGGAGAGCGCUGCUGCAACCAGGACUUCACCAAACGCCUCUACCCGGAAACCCAGAUCAUCAAGACGCCGGGAAAAGGCUGGGGGCUGAUCUCCCUGAGGGACAUCAAGAAGGGAGAAUUCGUGAACGAGUACAUCGGAGAGCUGAUCGACGAGGAGGAGUGCAGGGCGAGGAUCAAGUACGCCCAUGAAAACAACAUCACGGACUUCUACAUGCUCACUAUCGACAAGGACCGAAUCAUCGACGCCGGUCCGAAAGGAAACUAUUCUCGCUUCAUGAACCACAGCUGUCAGCCCAACUGUGAGACUCAGAAGUGGACGGUGAACGGAGACACCAGAGUCGGCCUGUUCGCCGUCUGCGACAUCCCGUCAGGUACCGAGCUGACCUUUAACUACAACCUGGACUGCCUCGGCAACGAGAAAACCGUCUGUCGCUGCGGAGCUCCGAACUGCAGCGGGUUUCUGGGCGACCGACCGAAGAACUCAAACGGCCAAACCGCCGACCCCAAAGGAAAGAGGUUGAAGAGAAAGUACAAGAGGAGGAAAAGCGAGGGGAAGAAGAAGUCGGAGGACGAGUGUUUCCGCUGCAGAGACGGAGGGCAGCUGGUGCUCUGUGAUAAGAAAACCUGCACCAAAGCUUAUCACCUGUCCUGCCUCAACCUCACCAAGAGACCCUUCGGCCGCUGGGAUUGCCCCUGGCACCACUGUGACGUCUGCGGGAAAAACUCGGAGGCUUUCUGCCAGCUCUGCCCCAACUCCUUCUGCAAGGCCCACCAGGAGGGGGCGCUGCGUCCGUGGCCGCCCACAGGCCAGCUGUGCUGCACGGAGCACGACGAGCUGGACGGAGCCGACGCCGUCGGUCAGGACGUCGCCUCGGACGCCAACGCCGCCGCCGUUCAUCCGUCUAAAGGCUCCAGGAAGACGGACGGAGCCGAAAACAAAACUAAAGGCUCCAAGAGGAAAGCAGCCGAGGCCUGAAAGGAGCUUUCAGAGCGGAUAAAGACCAAACAAAGACUCACACCUCCUCCUCCUCCUCCUUCACUGUCGGACAUCAUCAUCAUGUUUUCAGAAUCACAGGAACCAAGGCACUGUACAUCUUCGUCAUCAGGGAAAGCCGCUGAUCUCUCACGGGCGUCGAACGAGCCGCUCGACUUUUAUUUGAACACCUUCAGGUUUAUUUUUGUUUUUUUGUCUGCACUGAGGCGACACCACCUGUGGUAAAGCACAAAUCGAACUUCAGCUGCUGGAUUCACUCCUUUCUUCCACCAAACAAACUGCCUUUUUGUUUUUUCCUCGUCGUCGUCGUUUUUGUUUAACAGAAUAACAAAACAAACGGGAUCCGGCCUGAAGUAAAACUCGCCGUCUGCUAACUUGAAUCUCAGCCCCGCUUCACUCGACACGGAUUACCUUGAACAGCAGAGUUUUAUGGCUAUAUCUAUAUAUGUGUAUAUCAAAGACCAAAAUGCUGAUUACUGGAACGGACGUCAGACAGGCGGCCAAAUGGAUGGCUUUUAUUUUUAUAUAUAGUAUAUAUAUGCCAGAUUUAAUAUCAAACAAGACACUAUGGAUCGGCUUCAGACCGCCUCUUUGCUUUGUUUUCGUAGCCGUAGUUCAUUUAGCUGUAGAGAUACUUGCUGUUGUUACGACCUCUUUCGUUUUAGUUUUACUCUUUAGAUUUGAGGGUUUGUUUGUCGCUGCGACUCGUGUCCAGGAUCAGAACGAGGGUAUUCUUACAACACUACUGGGAGCUCCACAGGUCUUCAGCGCUCUCCGUUAGCGAUUUUAAAAAUGAAGGAAUGAGAGCGAUCCUUGUGAGCCGAGUCCUUUUGGUGCUUUUCAAUCGUCUGGAACCUGAACGCUGGGCUUUUUUAUCCGUGUUUCUUUUUAAAUCCUCAGGAGGUUUUAAAGUCCGAUCGUCGUCCAACACUUUAGCACUGGCUAGCAGCUCAAAGUUUGGGAGAUUCAUCGCGUGUUGAAGGAUUACGGAGCGAAGUGGGAACUCGGCUCUUCUAGUCAGCGUCUAGCAAAGCCUCAGUUGUAGAACCAGCUUUUUUUCUUUACGUCUGAAACAGCAGUGCAGCCUGAAGUCCAUCGCCUCCAGUCUCCAUGUGGGCUUCCUGCUUGGAUUUACGACCACAAACAUGGCUGACCUCCUCUCUGUACGCCUCUAAUGCUUAAAAAUACCGCUCAGAUUGGCAUCCAUGUCUUAGUAAAAGCCCCGAAACUUAAAGACUCAUGCAUGUAAGAGCUGAAAAUAGUAAAUCUAUUAAGAAAUCUGCAGCUGUUGGGAAGUAGACAACGUUCAUCAGACGUUAAAGUGAAAAUCUGUGGCAACCCAAAUGGACAUUGUGCUAAAUUAUCAAGGAAGGCCUCUGCUGAUAUGAAAACAGUUUAACUCUCAUGUAGUUCAGGCUCGUUGCUUUCAAAAAUCUGCAUUGUUUACAUGUACAGUGAAGAUAUUUGUGCAUUUUUAUGGUUUUUGCAUCAAAAACUCAAAGAAAAUCCUGAUUUGGACAAAUUCUAGCUGAAUUUAAAGUGUCGUUGGUUCCAAAAUCACGUUUUUUAAUGGUCUGCCUGUUAUCCAACAAAACUGCACGCCUGUCAGUAGAUCGAGGAUUUUAUGUCGUCUCUGAUUGUUUAUUUCCAGUUUUUGAGCUCUAAAUAAGUAGUUUAGUGCAUUAUUUUACCGGAAAAGGCUACAGUGAGAAAAAUUCCCAAAACAAAUGAUUUUUUAUUAAGUUCUGCUCCAUAAAUCAUCCUCAGGUUAAUUUCAUCAUCUUUCCCAGCAACAGUUUAGUCCAUUUUUAUGGUUUUUACAUCAGAAACUUUUAUAAAAUCCUGAUUUUUGUGGACAAAGUUUCUCCUGCUGGUUCACGGAAUCACUUUUUGUGACCAAACUCUGCUUGUUUUCCAACAUCACUGCUUUUGUCAGUAAAUCAAGGAGUUUCUUAUUUGUUUAUUUUAAGUUUUCAGCUCUAAAUAAAUAACUUGGUGCAUUUUUUUUUUACUAGUAAAGGCUGCAGUGAGAGAAAAGAUCCCAAAAGAAAUCUUUUUUUUUCAGUUUUUGCUUCAUAAAUCGUCCUCAUUCAUCUCAUCUUUCCCAACAGUUUUGUCCAUUUUUCAGAUUUUUACAUCAAAAAUUCUCAGAAAAUCCUGAUUUGUGAAGUUCUAACUGGAUUUAAAGCGUCGCUGGUUCCAAAAUCACGUUGUUUUAUCCGCUGUGGCGCCAAGAUCUGCUUGUUCUCCAACAAAACCGGUUGUAUGUCAGUAGAUCGAGGAUUUUAUGUCAAGUUUUCAGCUCUAAAUAAGUGCUUUAGUGCAUUUUCUUUGGCUAGAAAAGGCUACAGUGAGAGGAAAAAUACCAAAACAAAUCUUUUUUCUGUUCACCUUCUGCUGCAUAAAUCAUCCCAUCAUCUUUCCCAACAGCUGCUUUGUCUUUUUUUUCCAGAUUUACAUCAAAAACUGUAAGAAAAUCCUGAUUGACGCGAGUUUGAGCUGAUUUUAAAACGUCGCUGCUUCACAAAAUCAUGUUUUGUUAAUUUUGUGCGGUAAUUUCCCAGAACAGGCUGCGGUGACAGAAAACCCCGCAAUAAAUCCUUUUUCUUUGUCCACCUUUCCUCAUCAUCCUCGGGCGUCUUUCCGGACAGUUUUGGAGUUGUUAAAACCACAGUCGGACCGGUUCAUCUUCACUUUACCAUCAGUGUGUCUGUUUGAAAGUCUGAGAAAACAGAGCUGAAGAUAUUCACAUCAAUCUGACCAUUCCCACUUUAAAGAUGCUAGUUUGUGCCUGAACAGUGAUUAUCCUUCCUUUAAAACGUCGCUGCUGCUCUCCUGCUUCAAACAAACGGGACACUUUAAACAUCCGGUUCGUCCUCUUUGGCUUCACUUCUGAGUCAGUUUGACCGGAGAAUCUCCCACCAGGCGGUCAGUUUCUGCCGUUUCACCUUCACCCCGCUGUUGUCUCUCUCUUAAAACCCCCCAGAAACUCACCUUCGGCUUGUACAGACGCGUCAGGAGGUCGUUUUUGUUUCAUUUUUUAACAUAACUGCACCUUUUCUCGUUUGUUUUUCCGCCCCGGGGGCACGUGAACGGGUGCAGCGAGUCUCGUACGAGUAUUUUGUGUAACGAUCUUCAUCCUAACCUUGAUUUUUUUUUUUUUUUUUUGAGUGAAUGUAGUCCAGCCAGUUGUUUUUCUUUAUAUCUAUUUUUUAUUAAGCACUGUAAUUCCCUGUAGAGCUGAAGUGUAACGGCGCGUAGAGGUUUCACUCUGUAACUACUGUCCUAGCAACCCAGAGACUAAUAUGUACAUAAUGUAUAAGUGAGUAAUAGUGAUGCAUCUAUUGUAAAUAUCAUACAAUUUCUCCACAUUGUAUGUUGUUUUUUUGUUUUUUCUUGAUGCAGUGCUGAAACACUUUUGUGCAGGAUCUCACGUCAGUUGAAUCGUGCAAUAAAAAAAAGUGGUCCAACGUUCA